AUGGCUCGACGCAGGCUCACUCAUCACGAAUAUACAGUUGGAUGGCUAUGUGCGUUGGAAAUCGAGUUGAAAGCAGCGUGUGCGAUACUCGACGAAGUCCAUGAGACGCUGCGUCCAGCGGAUCACGACGACAAUGUGUAUACGCUGGGGCAGGUGGCCCAGCACAACGUCGUCAUCACAUGCCUUCCGAAAGGAAUAUAUGGAACAACCCCAGCUUCGAAUGGCGCGCAAAGGAUGGAGCUGAGCUUCCCUAAUAUUCAAUACCGAUUGAUCGUCGGGGUUGGAGGGGGAGUCCCUUGUCCUGGUGAUGUCCGGCUGGGCGAUGUAGUGAUUGGCAUCCCUGGUGCUAAUUCCACGGGGGUCGUCGCUUACGACCACGGAAAAACAACUACUGGGGGUCAUCUCGAGCAGACCAAGAUACUCAACAAACCCCCGUUGAACAUGCUCAAGGCAGUUCCUCACCUCGGACUGAACCGUGCUGUGUCCGUCAGUCAGACUCUGAACACAGCGAUCGCGUCAGACCCCAUAGCACUGGCAGAAUUUGCCUGUCCCGGCGCAGAGAACGACAAUUUAUUUGAGGCCGAGUACGACCAUCCGGACCCGAGUCAAAGCUGCUCAAGCUGUUGUGAUGAGACGAAGAUUGUGCGGAGGCUUCAAAGAAAAAAUGACGAGCCACAUAUCCAUACAGGAACAAUCGGAUCUAGCGAUCGGGUCAUCAAAGAUGCUAGAACGAGAGAUUCUUUGGCCAAAGCGUACGGAAUAUUGUGUUUCGAAAUGGAAGCGGCCGGGCUAGUGGACUCAUGGCCGUGUCUGGUGAUCCGAGGCAUCUCCGACUAUGCGGAUUCCCAUAAGCAGAAACAGUGGCAGCCAUAUGCGGCCAUAACCGCUGCAGCGUGUGCAGGAAGCUUAAUGUUGCUAUUGGACAAAAAACGCCAUGGAUAUCAACAAUACCAUGAGCAGGUUGAUGUUCCACCCGACUAUUCAGAUGCUCGAAAGGAACGCGUUCGGGCCCUUUCAUUCAGCAACCCUAUUCGACACAGGGAAGACAUACAAGACCGAAAAGGAAGAAGGGCCAAAGGAACCUGCGAGUGGAUGCUGAAAACCAACGUCUUUCAGGAGUGGCAUGGCUGUUCUGGAAAAGACAACGAUUCCAACAUUCUGUGGCUUCACGGCUUGCCAGCAAGUGGAAAAUCAAUGAUGACAAUCUUUCUUACCGAAGCCCUGGAGAGCGAUCUAGAUCUGGGAGAUGCAGGCCUGGUGAUAUAUUUCUUCUGCGAUUCCAGCUCCCAGAAUCACACUUCUGGAAUCGCUCUUCUGAGUGGUUUGAUCUGGCAAUUGAUCAAGGAUCGACCGGUAAGCCAGGAAGUCGUUAGAAGACAGUAUGAAGAAGAUGAGGAGUUGUUUACUUCUUUCAACCAUCUGUGGAAAUUGUUUAUUAUGUUGGUGAAAGGGUGGAGCGAGGGGAAGAUUUACUGCGUCAUUGACGCCCUUGAUGAGUGCGACAGGGAGUCACAGAAUGCGAUACUGAGAAAGUUUGAGAACUUCUUCGACCCGGCGUACUAUGAUGGAUCCCUCUCGCAUGUCUAUUUUCUCAUUACAAGCAGACCGUAUGAGGAGAUCAGAACAUAUUUGGGGGGGUUUGUCAACGCGGAUAUUGGUGGGUUCGCCGAGGCAAAAGAUGAUGUUGCUGCGUUCAUUGAUUACUCUGUGGGUUACUUGACCGAGAAGAAGUGGUUUUCCGCUGAGAUGCAGGGGAGAGUUCGUCAGAUUGUCCAGGAAAAAGCCGAAGAUACCUUCCUCUGGGUCUCCUUGGCUAUGGACGAAGUGAAGGAUGCUGCGCGGCCAGAUAUUAUCGGAAUCCUGGAGCAAUUACCUGCUGGACUGAGCAGUCUCUAUGGGAAUCUGCUCGAAAGGGCAACCGAAGCUCGCUCCGGGAGAAAGGGAGACAUUCUUCGUAUUGUCAAUGUCGUGGCAGUUUCUCUGGAACCUCUCAGUCUCCUGCAAUUAUCCUACGCCUGCCAGCUUUAUGGACAGGAAAGCGAGGAAGAACAGUUACUCGCAAUGAGAAGCUCCAUCGGGGAUUGCAAGCUUCUGGUUGUUGAAACAAACGAUAAAGUUGCAUUGCUACAUAAGUCAGUCAAAGACUUUCUGGCGGACGACCAGUAUGACAGUGGCAAUGGCCUUUGGGCGGCCCAUGCCUUUCUAGCGUAUAGGUGUAUCGAUUGUUGCAUGGAGUCCGUGGGCAUCCCAACUGUUGUUUCGAACCUUGGCGGCCGCAAAGAUGAAGAAAUUGGCGAUACUAGCCUACUCGCCUAUGCAACUCGUUUCUGGCCGGAGCACGCACAUUUUGCGGGAGAGCAGUUCGAGAUUAUCGAGAAACAGGAGCCGUUUUUCAAAGAGAACUCUCGUCAGUGGCAAAAUUGGUUGUUGCGCCUUUCUCCUUCACAAACCUACAAAAAGUGGGCAGAGCCUUCUCCAUUUCACAUUGCUGCGAUAUGGGGAAUUCUACCACUCGCCAAGUACAUUCUGCAGACCACUUCAGUGGACAGAUACCACAGGACCGAAUAUUUGGACACCGAUUUUGUCACACAGGAGGGCGAGACCGCUCUAGAACUGGCGGCUUCGUCGGGGCAUGAAAUGAUUGUGUGCCAUCUGCUAGAACAGGCACCAGCAGAGAUGGUAAUCUUUAGCGCUGUCCUAGAAGCAGCUAUCAAAAACACGCAACGAGGGGCGCAGAUCAUCGACGCGCUCCUUUUGCAUCCACGAGCCCACACAUCAAACUGGAAUCAUGCGCACCUCGUCGAAGCUGCCAAAAACCCUACAUGUGGUCGUGAGAUCUUACAAAGUCUUCUUAAAAAGAUCCCUAGGCUACGGAGUUCUUUAGACGACGACAUACUAGUAGCAGCAGCAGGGAACAGCGACUUGGAGCCCAUGAGACUGUUGCUCAACGUUGAUAUGGAUAACACAAACCUGAGUGAAGAGGUAUUACUGGCAGCAGUUGGGAACGAUGCAAACUGCACAUCACACCGCGAGCUAUAG